AUGUAUGCUCGACCUCAAACAAGAACAUUGGAAAGUAUUGACCACGAGGAGAAGUUCCUCAUUCGUGGCCUUGUAUACCAAAGAUCCGAUGCCACGAGAGGCCCACAUGGGUUCCAGACAUACGAAAAUGUCGAUCCUAUAGCCGAUGCAGAGCUUCCUCGUUUGAAACACGAUGUCGAGCUCUUCAAAGAGCUUGGCGUGAACACGAUUCUUGUCUACUCGAUAGACCCUUCGAAGCCUAGAGAUCGCGCCAUGAGACUGUUAGCCGAUGCGGGCAUAUAUGUCCUUGUCACUCUCUCGACGCAGAGAUGGUACAUCAAUCGUUUGGAUCCUCGAAACUCCUACAACAGCGACACAAUGGCCGGGUUGUUCCAGAUCAUAGAUGCAAUGAGCACGUUUCCCAACACGCUGGGCGUCUUUGCUGCGUACGAUCUCAUCAACAAUCCAGAGAGCCUUCAAUGUGCUCCGAUAGUGGCGGCCGUGGUGCGAGACGUCAAACGGUACAUGGCCAUCAAACAUCGAACCGUCGGGCGUCGUAUACUGCCCAUUGGGUGCGGGGGAAAUAUCAACGCUAAUGCAAUUGACAACACUGUGAUGAGGUAUCUGUCUUCGCAAGAUUUGGAGAGCCGAAUCGAUUUCUGGGCCUGCAAGUGCUUCCCAACAAGUCAGGAUUCAGGCGUAGAUAAAAUCACGUUCAGGGACCUGAUUGAGCAAUACCGGGAAACGACCAUACCAGUCUUCAUAUCCGAGUAUAGCAUUGCGGCCAACGCUCAGACGCAGACCGCCGAGCAGUUUGAAGCGCUCUUCUCGCGAGACAUGCUGGACGUCUUCUCCGGUGGAUGCGUGUACGAGAUGUGGUAUGAUUCAAAUUCGUACGGCCUUGCGCAGAUGGUCACUCCUGGAAGUGUGCCUGUAGACGGCAAGAAGAUCAAAGAGCAGCGACAGACGCCGUUUGGCACUUUGCUGGUGUAUGAAGAUUUUGAGAAUUACAGAAGUGUUCUGGAGGGAAUUCGAGACGGGCGGAGGGUGGAUAGUUCAGGAAUUGUCGGUGGGAAGGGAGAGGAAACGGUCGAGGAGGGUGUUCAAGGUCAGGUACAACAGGCACUGCACAUUCCUGGAGAUACACCUGGAAGCUGUGUUGACUGGCUUGCGAUUUGA